GCCAAAACAUAACAUAUACUUGCGCCUUCCUACCUCUUUUCAACCACGCAACUCUUCACGAUGAGCGACUCGGAUGCCGGAGAAAAGAAAGCAGACGGGCCUUCAUGGCAACAAGAUCCAGCACAAAAACCUCUACAGGAAGACGAUAAGCCCGCUGAGGAGCCCAAACCAAAUCGAGAAACGAUCCUAGCCAGCGCACGAAAGUUCCUACAAGAAGAGGAAGUAAAAGACGCUUCUACGGACAAAAAGAUAGCUUUCUUGGAAAGCAAAGGACUGGGAAGUGAGGAUAUACAGGAGCUGCUCAGCGUGUCAAAGGAUUCUGAGGCUAGCAGUAGUACAACACCUCAAGUGGAAGCGGUAUGUAGUUCUAUCUCUCAAAUACCACUAAUUCAUAUACUUACUCAAUCACAGACGACCGAAAAGCCAGAUGAAAUUUCAGAUGCAAUCCCAGACGAAAUCCCAGAUUCAAGUCCUCCGCCUCCAGCAAACUAUCCAGCUGAAUUUCCACCGCAGCCUCCCAUCAUAACAUACCCCGAAUUCCUGAUUGCCCCAUCACAACCCACUCCAAUAAUAACGAAACCCCGCCUCUUAACGACACUUUACCUAUUCUCAUCCCUUUCUCUCCUACUAUACGGUACAUCAGAAUUCCUCGUUGCACCUAUGGUUGCCAACUUGACCGCCUCCCGGAUCUCUCUCGCCUCUACUGCGUCAGCGAACCUCUCCAAGAUGAUACAGAAAUUAGAAGGGAUGGUAUCUGAAAUCCCAGAAGAAUGUUCAAAUGACAAGACAGAACAAGGAAACACCGCAGCGGAAGAUUCUGAGGCGGAAGAUCCCUCUGAACUCUUUCACAGAGAUAUUGGAGUUCAAACCUCACCUCCCCAGAGCCGAGCUGCGUCCCCAUCACCACUCUCCCCUCUGAAAUCCCAAAGUACUCGUCUGGCUUCUUUGACGAAAUCCAUGCAAGGCUUGAUUUCGGACGGCAAUAGCGAAGGCGAGGGUGCAAAGGAGCUAGAAACUACGAUUGGUAUAUUGAGAGAAUAUCUGGAUGGGAUUGCGUAUGUGCCACCAGUUUAUGGUUAUAAUAAUGGAUUCGGAAUGGGAGUCACACCUAAAGAGGAUGAUGAAAUUGCUAGGGUCAAGGCCGGAAUCCGAGGUGUCAAAGGGGUGCUGCUCAGUGCUAGGAGUUUUCCUGGGGGCGUUAGGGCUGGGUCAAAAUAG